ACACACGUUACCUAUUCGAAGUUUAUGUUGUCAACGUUGCUAUGACAACACGUUUGUUUAGUAAAAACAAAAGGAGAAAACGUGCCAGUAGUAUUGCAAGCAAAAAAGGUGGAACAUUAUAGUUUCACACUUUUCGGGGAAAAGUGCCAGUAACAAUAGAAAACAUACACUUUAUGCUGAUAAGGUUAUAAGGCAAGUUAAAUAUGUUAUGAAAAAUUAUAGUGCGGGUUGACUGGCACGAGCUAUGUAGAAGCGUAUUUCGACCUAAAUACAUAAAUUAAAGCAGUAAUCUUGUUCUAACAAAUGAAGUAAAAUAUAAACUUGUAAUAUGCGUCGUGCUCAUGCAACCUCUAAAUUUCUUCUCAAAUUUAGACAUGGCAGCACUGAUUUGAGUGUCAACGCUUGCGUAAAUGUCAGACAUAUGUCAGACGUUCAGACGUAGUGUCAGUUUACUCAGUUUUGAGGUUAACUGAUCGACAUUGGCAGAAUCAUCAACACCUUGAUGGAGCCAUAACACGAAAAAUUGAUUGAUUGAUUGAUGGAGUUAAUAGUUAAUGAUGUACCAUUAAUUUAUUAAAAUGUACUAUGGUCCCAUGAUAUCUUAAAUUAUUAACGAAAAUAAAUUGUACACAUUAUAAACGUUUCACAUUAUUGCGCGUAUCUGCGAUAUGUCGCAAAAAUCUAUCGUUAAGGCAGACUUACCUAUAAAAGAAGAACCAUGCGAGGUGUACUUGAAAAAGGAGCCACAAGAAGUAACAGAGGAGUCAGAGAAAGGAAGAGAAGAUUCAGAACAAUCUGAGACAGUUUCACAAUCGAUUGUGAAAACCGAAAGAGUGCGAAUAAAAGAUGAACCCGUUUGGGAGAAUAAUACGUUUUUCGAGCCAGUGCGUGUAAAAGUUGAAGUUGAGGAAGACUUACCUCACCUCGAGGUCCCGGUUCAGGAUAUCCAUGGAUCCAUCUCUGAUGCAGCGACGAGUUCCAGAUCAAAGAAUUACGCCUCGAGCCUCAAACACGAGCAUCUAGAAGAAAUGGACUCAAGAAAGAAACGCCUAUUGUCCGAACUCAUCAAGAAGGAGACUUUCCCAUGUGAAACUUGCGGCGAGCUUUUUACGCUUAAAUCAAAGCUCAAAAACCAUAUGAAAGAACACGGGAAAAAUCGCUUCGUGUGCGAUGUAUGUACAAAAGGAUUCGAUUACAAAUAUAAACUUAUAGUCCAUUUUAGAAUACACACUGGGGAAAAGCCUUAUUCGUGUAACAUUUGCAAUGAGCGCUUCAAGAGGAAAGAUAAUUUAACAGAACACAUUGCUGUACACAAUGGGAAAUUGACAUGCGAAAUAUGCAAAAGACAACUCAAAACUGCAAGAAGCUUAAAAAGUCAUAUGGAACUCCAUAAGGGAAACAAACCGUUCCCGUGCGCCAUGUGCACUAGAUUUUUCAGUACUAGUAGAGCUUUAGAUGAACAUAAACUUAUUCAUACAGGUAUAAAACAAUUCUCAUGCGAUGUUUGCGGUAUGAAGUUCUUAAACAAGAAUCCUCUAACCAUGCAUAAACGGGUACACACUGGUGAGAAGCCGUACGCAUGUGAUAUAUGUAAUAAAUCAUUCCGAUUAAGAUAUCAGGUAAAUACUCACAAAAGAGUGCACACGGGACAGACGCCGUAUUCUUGUAGUGUAUGUAAAAAACAAUUUUCACAUAAAAGUAAUUUGACUAAACAUGAAUUAAUACACACGGAAAAUCAGCCUUAUUGCGAGAUAUGUAAGAAGCACUUUAUGCAUAAAGCGUCUUUAAUUAUUCAUUUAAGAAUACAUAGUGGGGAGAAGCCAUAUUCUUGUGAUAUAUGUAAUCGAAAAUUUAAAGAUAAACGGUACCUACCUAGUCAUAUACGAACGCAUACUGGAGAAAAGCCAUAUGAAUGUGAUAUAUGCAACAUGCGGUUCACGCUAAGAACUGGUCUGAACGAGCAUAAACGAGGCCAUACAGGAGAGAAACGGCAUUCAUGCGAAGUGUGUAAAAAACAGUAUGUGGACAAAAGAACUCUUGUUAGACAUAUGCGUACUCACCCUUAAUGCCACAUUUUAAAGGCAUUAUAUAUGCGCCUGUUGAACAUGAUUAACAUUAUAUAGCAUUUUAGUCGAACGUGCAGAAUGGAGAAAAUACGGCGUUGAGUAAACAAAAGAUUUCCUUUGGUAGGAUUGGUCCUUAGGACUCAAGGAUUGAUUUAAGAAGUGGAGAUUUUUGAUGUCAAGUUUUAAGGAGGGGGGGGGGGGGGGGGCUCAUCUUUAUCGGGGAUGCUGAAUUAAUUUAUGAUAUCAUAUUGAUACCAUUCCGAAGUAUAAAUAUAUAAAAUAUGAAAAAAAGCUUUUUUUUUUAAUUCCUCUUCACGCUAAAAUUGCUGAACCAAUUUAGUCAAAAUUUGGUAUAUUGAUAGUUUGAGUCCUGAGGAAGAACAUGGGAUAGUUUUUAUCCCAAAAUUCAUCCCUUACGGGUGUGGAAAUGGGAGGUGUAGGUU